GUCCAACAGGUGUCCAACAGAAGUGGCAGUGGUCAUGGACAACUCCACACACUCGCAGUUACUGUCCAGCGACAAGAAGGACUCCGGAGACGGAGGCUCGGUGCUGAAUGGACACUUUUCUGCGGCGGUGAAGCGGCCGCUCGGACGGACGUCAGCGCCGCAGAUUCCGGACUCCGAGUCACCGUCGGACCGCUCCACGGUGAUGGAGAGCUGGAGGGAUGAGCGGACCAGGAGCGUGGAGGACAACGAGAUGAGUCUGCCCUCGCUGGCUGCAGCCUACGGCACCAUCCUGAGGGGCCUCGGUGAAGACCCGCAGAGACAGGGGCUCCUCAAGACCCCCUGGAGGGCCGCCACCGCCAUGCAGUUCUUCACCAAGGGCUACCAGGAGACCAUCAUCGACGUGCUAAAUGACGCCAUCUUCGACGAGGACCAUGAUGAGAUGGUGAUCGUCAAAGACAUCGACAUGUUCUCCAUGUGUGAACAUCACCUGGUGCCCAUCUUCGGAAGGGUGCACAUCGGUUACCUCCCCAACAAGAGAGUUCUUGGCCUCAGCAAGCUCGCUCGGAUCGUCGAGAUCUACAGCCGCCGACUUCAAGUCCAGGAGAGGCUGACCAAACAAAUCGCCGUGGCCAUCACUGAGGCGCUGCAGCCCACGGGGGUGGGAGUGGUCAUCGAAGCCACUCACAUGUGCAUGGUGAUGCGUGGCGUGCAGAAGAUGAACAGUAAAACGGUCACCAGCACCAUGUUGGGAGUUUUCAGAGAAGAUCCCAAAACCAGGGACGAGUUCCUCACACUCAUCAGGAGUUGAAGGACGCUGCCUUCCUGCAGUCCAGGGUCACACCUGCACCUCCACGCCAAGCAGUCACCCCUUGUGUGUGAGGUGUGUGUGUAUGUGUGAGGUGUGUGUGACCAACAGGUUCCUACUCUCUCAGUGCAUUAUUUUCAUCAUCAGUGAAGCAGCGUUCUCAUCUGUCUUGGAGAUGAGUUGGUGAUUGUUUGCUUUACUUCAUCCCUCUCACUGGUGUCGCUGUUGUUUACUUGAUUCAAGAUGCUGCUUCACACAGUGGAAAUCAAACGUGGCUAACGGUAAUUGUAACGGACUGCGCUCGUUGAUGGACCAAUUUUUGUCAUUGUACUGACAUCUAAGUGUUGGAAAUACAGUUGACACCCACGCGCUUAGUACAGCACGAUAACAGGAAGCUUCCUGCACUGCGGCAGCUCAGGUAGCUCACAAAAAAUAUAUUUACAGCUUUUUUAGAUCAAACAUGAAUGCGAUUCUUUAAGUAUGUAUAUACAAUAAAGCCAAAUUAUUUCAAUAUAACAACAUGAACUGGAUGCAGUGUCUGCCCACGUUUUGUCAUAAGCCUUUGAUGUAUGUUGUGUGUUGAGUCUGCUGAAAACUGAGAGUGAAUCAUUGUUACACUCUCUUCACUGUUACGUGCCAACUCGCCCUGAAUUACUUUAAAUUCAACGUUAUUUGCGUCUGGAGCUGGAGGGUUGUGCAUGUGUGUGUAUAUGUGAGGUGGGGGUGGGUGGGUUAUACGUUUUCGAAUCAGUGUCUUCAGACGGAUAGAUGUGCGUGUGCUGUCAUGUGGCCUUGUUGAGGGG